AUGUCGAACCUCGACGCUGCUCAGCUCUUCUCUGUUAAGGGGCUGGUUGCUGUAGUCACAGGCGCUAGCUCCGGUUUGGGCGAAGUCAUGGCGCAUGCUCUGGAUGUUAACGGCGCAGCCAAAGUCUUCAUUCUCGGCCGCCGAGAGUCCAAACUCAAGGAGGUUGCAUCGAAAGCGAUAAAUGGUUCUCUCAUUCCGGUCGCAUGCGAUGUGAGCUCGAAAGAAUCCUUGCAGGCUGCAGUGUCGACAAUCGAAAGGCAGACGCCAUUUAUCAAUCUUCUUGUCGCCAAUUCGGGCUACCUUGGGGAGGUUACCGGUAUGGCCCCCAGGCCGGCAGAGCAGACUGUUGGUGAACUUCAAAAGGAGCUGUGGGACAAGACAACCUACGAAGACGCAAGUAAAGUUGCUAGUACCAACAUAGCCGGAUCGUAUUUUACUUUUCUCGCCUUCUUGGGCUUGCUGGGAGUUGGCAAUACGCACCCCGACAGCGUAGGAAAGAGUGGACUGCUACAGAGUCAGUUCAUUAGUACCACUAGUUUUGGUGGCUUGUGCCGAGCUGAAGCUCCUAGCUAUGUCUACAACGCUAGCAAGGCUGCUCUGAACCACUUGACGAAGACUUUGUCAUCGGAGUAUGCCAAACAUAGCAUCCGGGCCAAUGCGAUUGCCCCCGGUAUGUUUGUCACGGAAAUGACGGAGGCCCACACCCCAGAGGGAAAUCUCAGCGCCGUCGGCUCUAUGCCGUGGCAAGCUAUUCCCGCUACGCGAACAGGCACAGAAGAGGAUAUGGCCGGUGCUGUGCUUUACUUGGCAUCUAGAGCAGGUUCUUUUGUGAAUGGGUGCAUCUUGCUACCGGAUGGUGGAAUGCUCUCUGUUCGCCCUGGUUCCUACUAG